CUCCACUGCAAAUCACCCGAACUUCCCUCGCUCUCUCGAUGGACCAGCCAACCCCCAACUCCUCCAUCCCUACUCCUCCCACCACAGGAACAGCCGGUUCUCAACCUAUUGAAACAUCGCCAUCACAGCCGUCACCACCGGCACCUCGACCACCACAGCAACAACAACAACAACAGCCGCCUCCAUUACAACUACCUUCCUCCACUACUCAUUCAGCCCCAUCCCCAGCCCCAACCACUCCAAACCCUAACCCUAGCCCUAGCCCUAACCCUAGACCCUCAACCUCUACCCCAUCCCAAUCUCAACCUCACUCUUCUGCCUCUAGGCCCCAGACAUUGCAUAGACCAUGGCAGCAUCCUCAUCCACAUUCCCACUUCCCGCACUUCUCCUCAAUCACUUCGCCGUCUUCUUCUCUUGCAGCUUCCUCUGCCCUUUCCUUGUCAUCGUCUGCUUUGCCUUCCAUUUCUGCAUCGCAACAAAGGGGUGGUGUUGCUAUUGGUGUUCCUGCCCCUCACUCUAGCCCUUCUCCGGCGCCUUUUUCAUCUUCUUUUGGGCAGCAGUAUGGGGGAUUGAGUCGCGGAACAGUCAAUGUGCCUGAAUCUGUAGCUAAUACUAGCAAUUCACAGGCUAGGCAGGGGAUGCAGGGAGUGCAGGGAAUGGGAAUGGUGGGAUCAGUGAGUUCGGGUUCUCAAAUUCGGUCAGGUGGGAUUUCUGGACAUCAUCAACAGAGACCUGUUCAAUCAUCUAUUAGACCUUCCUCUUCUUCCCCAAAUAACCAGUCUCCUGCCACCCAAAAUUUCCAAGGGCAUGGUUUUAUGAGACCGUCUUCUGUAGGUCCUCCUAGUUCUCCAGCACCAAGUGCAUCGCAAAGUAUGCAGUCCCCUAGUCAGCCAUGGUUGUCAUCUGGAUCUCAAGGCAAGCCUCCAUUGCCUUCCGCUUCAUAUAGACCACAGAUAAACGCACCAUCUUUGCAACAAAGGUCACAUAUUCCUCAGCAACAUCAUUCCCUGCCAACUACUUCACAGCAACAGCACAUGUCAUCUGCACAACCGCAGCAACCUUUACCAUCCCAUCAACCAUCGGAUCAUUAUGGACAACAAUUUCCACCGUCAAGGGUUCCACGGUCCAUAACACAACAGCUUGGCCUUCAAGGUUCAGCAAACCCAAAGCCACUUUCCUUGCCAAUGGUACAGCCUAAUACUGUACAGCCAGGCACCCAGAAUAGGACAGCUAAUGCAGAAAGUGAAGAAUCUGGUAACCGGAUUCUUAGCAAAAGAAGUAUCAAUGAGCUAGUUAGCCAGAUCGACCCUUCUGAGAAAUUGGAUCCUGAAGUUGAAGACAUUCUUGCAGAUAUAGCUGAUGAAUUUGUUGAUUCUAUCACAACAUUUGGCUGCUCCUUAGCCAAACAUCGAAAAUCUGAUACAUUGGAAGCAAAAGACAUACUUCUACAUCUUGAAAGAAAUUGGAAUAUGACCCUCCCAGGAUUUAGUGGUGAUGAGAUUAAAACCUUUCGAAAACCGCUUACAAGUGAUAUCCACAAGGAACGUCUCGCAGCAAUAAAGAAGUCGAUUUUGGCAACUGAGAUGACAAAUGCCAAAAGCUCUGUUGGACAAGCUGCUGGAAAUGCAAAGAGUAACUUGUCAAAGACACCUGCAAAUGCCAUGGUCUCCCCCAACGUAAAGAUUCGUGAAGUUACUUGAGAUGAUUAAUAUCAGUGCUGGAUGUUGGCAGCUUUUUGGCUAGAAAGGUGAAAUUUUGGCAUGCGGAAUGAUAAGACAUCACUGAGGUUUUUUUGUCUGCUUUGGCCGGAACAAGGCAUGUGAGUCUUUUAUUUGUCCUUCAAAAGGGUCCCCCAAGGGUGAGAAUGUGUAAAUGUAAUGUCACUCAAAUACUCCACACACACAGCCACCAACUUUUCAGAAAGUUUGCACAUCCGGUCUAUGGUCAGUGGCUGGCUUAUUGAGCUGUGAUUCAUGCUUGAACUUUUAGCUUUUCACUAGCUAACAAUGAAGUGAGCCAUUUUUUGCAUAAUUGGAAAGAAAAUAGGAAGGAUUUAGUAGCUGUUAUGAAACUUUAUAAUCCUCUCAUAGGUUAAAUCUAAUUCUAAUCUGUGGAUUUGAAGUCAAGAAAAGAUGAAAUGAAAUAUAGUUUAGGCUUGGGUCUUGGGGAAUGUAGAAUGGUACACUUGACGAGAACUUUGAUCAACUCUGUUAGACAUGAGAUAUUGACAAGUGGCUGUUACAUUUUCUGCCAUUGAUUUUCA